AUGGUAACGGCAGAACUCAUCAUCACUGACUGUGCAGUAGUCAGUGAUGAUGAGUUCAACUACCAACUGAUGGGAUUCAACUACCAGGCUGAGAAAAACAUGAAGGCCUCAGAAAGACUGCUGAUGGGAAGAGACUUCUGGUUAACACUUCCUACUUUUGGCACAGGCCGCCAACAAAGGUUCUCUAGGCAUCUCAGUAUUGGGCCAAUUUCUCCAGCUGCCCGUACACUUCCCACAGCCUUCAACAAUAAUGAGCUGAUCAGGAUUGUGAUGGUAGGCAAGACUGGAGCUGGGAAGAGCGCCACAGGAAACACCAUUCUGGGAGAAAAGUGCUUUAAAUCUGAGUUCUCCCUGACAUCUUUGACCAAAGUUUGUGAAAAGGCUUUUAGUGAGGUGGAUGGACAUAAGAUUGCUGUUAUUGACACACCAGGUCUGUUUGACACCAGGUACAUUGAAGAAGAAACAAUUAAAAAUAUUGGCAAGAGCAUUGCUUAUGCUUCUCCUGGACCUCAUAUCUUCCUGAUCAUCAUCAAACUGGACAGAUUCACAGAAGAAGAAAAGCAAACAGUGCAGAAGAUUCAGGAAAUCUUUGGUGAGGAAGCCAACAAAUACAGCAUGGUUCUCUUUACCCAUGGUGACCUGCUCAAAGGGAAACCAAUCGAAGAGUUCUUGGAUGUCAACAAAGAUCUGAAGGAACUUGUAGAAAAAUGCAAAGGCCAGUACCACGUGUUCAAUAAUGAGUUGAAGAAUCGUUGUCAGGUCAGCAAGCUGCUUCAGAAGAUCAGAAAUAUAAAUGACCUGAAUGGAGGAAGCUACUACACCACUGAAAUGUUCCAAAAGACAGAGAGAGUGAUUGAAGAGGAGAAACAACGAAUCCUGAAAGAGAGAGAAGAGCAACAUCGCAAUGAGCGGGAGGAACUGAGGAGAGAAAUAAAUCAGCAAAAUGUGAGAGAAGCGAGUGGUGACAGAGAAAGUGAGAAAAAAGUAAAGGAAGGAUUUACAAAACUGAAGGGAAAGCAUGAAAAUACGGCCAGAAAGCACGCUGAGAAGUGUGAACGGGUCCUCAAGCUGAUAACUGCAAUUGUUCCAGUGGUUGCUUCACUUUUCGUCCCUGCUUUGAGACUGAUAUAG